GUCGACCCGAUAGUCCUACAUUAUUGUUUACCGUAGCUAUCAGUAUUCUACAGCGGCCCACACCGCCACAGAAGAAGGUACAAUUCAAGAAAAUUGGGCACGGCCUCGAAGCUCAGCUGGAACGUGGGCCAAGUCAUCUUGCGAUUGGGGUUUCAAAUAUGUAAAACACAACCCAAUUUGGACAAGCUGGCCAUGUCUAGAAUCUCACCAAACAUCAACUUGGAGACUACAGGAACGUGGGCUUGGCGAGCGAGCGAGCCGCCGUCCAUCAUCCAUCCGGCACCAUCGACUGACGUGAUAUACAUCAUUCAAGAGCUUAUGGGCGUGAUUGGUCACCUGUGGGGGCCAGUACAGCUUGCAGCUUCCGAGGAUUGUAAGGGCUCCGCGCGCAGGAUGCCUGUAGAUUUGGUGACGAUCGGAGGCAUAGAAACUCCUUGGAACAUCCAAACACUAAGCGAACUCAAUCUAUCGGCAUCAGCGCAAUGUAUACACCAAUAUUGUCCUCGGAAGACAUUCUCUCCGUGGCAUGUUUGUCUCGAGAACCAGGCACUAUGCUCUUUGGGGCCUCAUUGGAGUGCAAGUUCUACAAUGUAUUGUGGCUUGGAAGGAGAGACGGCGUUGCAUAUUGUAGAGAGCUUGGAAUGGUCUGAGCAGACUUCUGGGAGAAUAUGGGGCAUUCAACGUUUGAAGAGAGUUUGGCUUAGGAAAAGUCAAUCCUUCUAGACAGGUUGAGGAUGUCG